CGGGCGGCAGCGGCGGUCACUGCGGGCUCGGGGGUCGUGGGGAGCUGGCGGUUUGCUCCUGGGAAAGUUGUGCUACGCUUUAUCGUCGCAGCCAUGAUAAAGGGCUGCUGAUUGCUCCACCGUGCUCUUACUGAAGUGAAAAAGGUGUUCUUUUUUUCUGUGUAUGUGUCUCUGUGAAUAGAGCGACACGAUGGCGGACAGCGAAGGAUCGUCGGAGCAGGAUGAUGUUUCGUUCCUCCGCACGGAGGACAUGGUGUGCCUCUCCAGCACGGCCAUCGGAGACCGCGUGUGUCUCGCCGCGGAGGGCUUCGGUAACAGGACCUGCUUCCUCGAGAACAUCGCUGACAAGAACAACCCUCCGGACCUAUGCCAGGGCGUCUUCCUCAUCGAGCAGGCCCUGUCCGUCCGCGCCCUGCAGGAGCUGGUCACCGCGGCCGCCAGCGAAGAGGAGCAGGGGAACGUUGGCAAAGGCACCGGGUCAGGGCAUCGGACGCUCCUGUAUGGCAACGCGGUUCUCCUCAGGCACAUGAACUCGAUGAUGUACCUCGCCUGCCUGUCCACGAGCUCGUCCAGGGACAAGCUAGCCUUCGAUGUGGGUCUCCAGGAGCACUCCAUGGGGGAGUCGUGUUGGUGGACCAUUCACCCGGCCAGCAAGCAGCGGUCUGAGGGCGAGAAGGUGCGAGUGGGCGACGACCUCAUCCUCGUCUCCGUGGCCACCGAGCGAUACCUGCAAGCGACGCGCGAGGACGAGCAGAGCAUCGUCAACGCCUCCUUCCACGUCACCCACUGGUCCGUCCUUCCCUUCGGCACCGGCCUCUCCAGACUCAAGUUUGUCGCGUGUGUCUUCGGCGGGGAGGUGUUGCGUUUCUUCCAUGGCGGGGACGAGUGCCUCUCCAUCCCGUCCACGUGGAGCGAACAGCCGGGCCAGAACAUCGUGGUGUACGAGGGCGGCUCCGUCACCUCUCAGGCCCGCUCCCUCUGGCGUCUCGAGCUGGCCAGGACCAAGUGGGCGGGCGGCUACAUCAACUGGUUCCACCCGAUGCGCAUCCGACACAUCACCACGGGCAGAUACCUCGGCAUCACGGACCAGAAUGAACUCGUGCUGCUCCACAGGGAUGAGGCAACUCUCGCAGCCACGUCUUUCUACCUGCGCGAGGAGAAGGACGACAACAAAGUGCUUCUCGAGGACAAGGACUUGGAGGUGAUCGGCGUCCCGCUCAUCAAGUACGGCGACUCCACGGUCAUCAUGCAGCACGUCGACACUGGACUCUGGCUUUCGUACAAGGCGUUUGAGAUCAAGAAGAAGGGCGUCGGCAAGGUGGAGGUGAAACAGGCGACGCUGCAGGAGGAAGGGAAGAUGGACGACGGGAUGGUCUUCUACAGGAGUCAGGAGGAGGAGUCCCGCACCGGCCGCGUCAUCCGCAAGUGUUCGCACCUGUUCAACAUGUUCAUCAAAGGCCUCGACAGCAUCCAGACAUCUCGCCGCAUCUCCAUCCUGCUAAAGAUGGUCAACCUGAAGGAGAUGAUUCACUGCCUCGAGGAUCUGAUCAACUACUUCGCCUACCCUGAGGAUGACCUUGAGCACAACGAACGCCAGGUGUCCCUCCGCGCCCUCAGGAACCGCCAGGACUUGUUCCAGCAGGAGGGCAUCCUCAACCUGAUCCUGGACGCCAUCGACAAGAUCACCGUCAUCACUGCCCAGGGCUUCAUGGUGGCUCUGGCUGGCGAGGAGUCUGGCCAGGACUGGGACAUCAUCUCCGGUUACCUCUAUCAGCUGCUGGCCGCCGUCAUCAAGGGCAAUCACACCAACUGUUCGCAGUUCGCCAACAGCCACCGCCUAAACUGGCUGUUCUCCCGCUUGGGGUCAGCUGGAGAGGGCACCGGCAUGCUGGAUGUGUUGCACUGCGUCCUCGUCGACUCCCCCGAGGCACUCAACGUGAUGAAGGAGGAGCACAUCAAAGUGAUCAUCGCCCUUCUCGAGAAGUACGGCCGCGACCCCAAGGUGCUGGACGUCCUCUGCUCGCUGUGUGUGGGCAACGGGACGGCCGUGCGCUCCUCGCAGAACAAUAUCUGCGACUACCUCCUGCCAGGCCGCAACCUGCUGCUUCAGACCCAGCUGGUGGACCAUGUGUCGAGCGCGCGGCCCAACAUCUUCGUGGGCCAGGUGGAGGGAUCCGCCAUCUACCAGCGGUGGUACUUCGAGGUGACGCUGGACCACAUCGAGCAGUCUUCCCACCUGCCGCCGCACCUCCGCAUCGGCUGGGCCAACACCAAGGGCUACGUCAGCUACCCCGGCGGCGGCGAGAAGUGGGGCGGCAACGGCGUGGGCGAUGACCUCUACUCCUACGGCUUCGACGGCUCCUUCCUGUGGACCGGCGGCCGCUACACCCUCGUCAACCCCCUCGAGUCGGAGCCACUCAUCAAGAAGGGUGAUGUUAUCGGCUGUGCCCUCGACCUCACCGUGCCCAUCAUCACCUUCUACGUGAAUGGUCGCCAGGUGAACGGCGCCUUUACGGGCUUCAACCUGGACGGCAUGUUCUUCCCUGUCGUGUCUGCCUCUGCCAAGCUCAGUGCGAGGUUCCUGCUGGGAGGAGAGCAUGGUCGCCUAAAGUACCCGCCGCCGGAUGGCCACUCAACUGUGUCCGAGUGCCUCCUUCCCUUCCAGACCCUUGCCAUCGACCCAUGCUUUUACUUCGGUGAACAGCACAAGGGCAUCUUGGCGGGGCCACUGCCAAUACAGGAUGACCUGGUCUUCGUGCCCAAGCCUGUGGACACCAAUCACAUCCAGCUGCCAGGGUACAUCGAGCAGGUGCGGGACAAGUUGGCGGAGAACAUUCAUGAGAUGUGGGCAAUGAACAAGAUCGAGCAGGGGUGGACUUACUCGGAGAGGCGAGACGACCUACGACUCCACCACCCGUGCCUCACCUCCUUCGAAAAGCUGCCGACCAGCGAAAAACGAUACGAUGCCACUCUUGCCCUCCAGACCCUCAAGACAGUGCUGGCCCUGGGUUACCAUAUCACACUGGACAAGCCACCGAGUCGUAUCCGCUCACUCAGGCUGCCCAAUGACCCCUUCCUGCAGUCCAACGGGUACAAGCCACAGCCCCUUGACCUUUCCCAGGUGAGUCUGACGCCCAAGCUGGAGGAGUUGGUGGACCAGCUUGCAGAGAACACACACAACAUCUGGGCCAGCGAGCGCAUUCAGCAAGGGUGGACCUAUGGCCUCAAUGAAGACCCAGACAUGCGCCGCUCGCCCCAUCUGGUUAGUUAUCUCAAUGUGGAUGACGCCAUCAAGAAGGCCAACCGCGACACAGCCUCCGAGACCAUCCGAACUCUACUGGUAUACGGUUAUCUGCUGGAACCGCCGCCUGGAGACCAGGCCGAAGGUGCGGCAGCUGCUGAGGCCAACAAUCUGCAUGGCACUGGCCACCGCACCUAUCGCCUCGAGAAACCCAACGCCGUCACUUCGGGCAAGUGGUACUUUGAGAUGGAGGUGCUGACGUCAGGGCCCAUGCGUAUUGGCUGGGUGGAGGUGAACAGUCAGCCCGGCAAAGAGCUGGGCAGCGACGACAAGUCCUGGGCCUUUGACGGCUUCCGUGAAGAGAAGUGUUAUGCGAACGUUGUGGACAGCUACGGUCACAAGUGGCAGGUUGGCGACGUAGUGGGCGUGUGCCUUGACUUGGUCGACAGAACAAUCAGCUUCUCCCUCAAUGGAGAGCUGAUGAUGGAUGCAAGUGGCUCUGAGACAGCCUUCAACGAGGUGCAGGGUGAUGCCUUUGUGCCCGCCUGCACCCUGGGUGUCGGCCAGCGGGCACACCUUGUCUUCGGGCAGGACAUCAACCAGCUCAAGUUCUUCACCACCUAUGGCCUUCAAGAGGGAUAUGAACCUUUCUGUGUGAACAUGGAGCGGCCCGUCACCUUCUGGUACACCAAGGACCAGCCCAUCUUCGAGAACAACGACGACUUCCACGACUCCACCAUCGAAGUAACGCGCAUCCCCGCAGGCUCCGAGACUCCGCCCUGCCUCAAGAUCGCCUCCAAGAUGUUUGAGCAGUGCGAGAAGGCCAACUGGGAGUUCCUGAGGGUGUCUCUUCCAGUGGUUUGCGAUGACGUCUUUAUUGAAGAGGAAGAGAAGGCCCAAAAAUGGCUUGAGGUGAGGAAGCGUCAACACACCCUGAAGCACGGCGAGGUCCAGCCCUCCAUCGCCUUCCAGAGUUCCUUGGUGGACACUGGCUUCUCGCUCUCCGACAUCAAGGAGCUACACUACAGCAACGAGGAGGGUGUGGAGGCAGACGAGGGCAUCGCCAGAAAGGCGGCCCCAGCUGAGAAACCAGUCACAGACGCAGCAGGCAAACUAACGACAGAGCAAACUGGUGUGACUGAGGAUACAGCAACGACAGAUGCAGCUGACAGGAAGAAGCGCGGCAAGUCUCCAUUCAGGUUUUUCAGUAAGAAGCGCGAUGCAAGCAAUGAGCGUGCUAGGAGCAAGGGCCGCACACCUGAACCUGGCAGCAACACCUUGGAGGUUCCACGGCCCCCGAGGAAGAACCGCUCCCCCUCUUUGCGUGUGGCCCAGGGUGGUGACGGCAAGUUAAUGCCGCCUGCCAUCCCCGAGAGGCAGACUGUGACAGAGGAGUCACGAGAGGAGGAAAUGUUUGACGCAGAGUGCCUCAAGCUGAUGAACGAGUAUUUCUACGGCGUCAGGAUCUUCCCCGGCCAGGACCCCGCACACGUCUAUAUCGGGUGGGUCACCACGCAAUACCAUAUCCAUGACACCGCCUUCGACCAGUCCAAGGUCCGCUCCGUCAUCGUGCAGGAGUACACUGAAGAAGGACACAUCCAGAGCGCUGUUGAGCGUCACAGCUGCUACAUGUUCCGCGCGGAUGAGCUGCACGCAGAGGUUUCGUCAGACACUGGAGGUAAGGGCGCCUCACAGGGCAUGUUCAUCGGUUGCUUCAUCGACACUGCGACGGGCUUCAUCACACUGCAGUGUGACGGCAAGGAGACACGCCACAAGUAUCGCAUGGAGCCCGGCACCAAGCUGUUCCCCGGUGUGUUCCUGGAGCCUACGAGCAAGGAGGUACUGCAGAUUGAGCUGGGCCGCACCCCCACCACCCUACCUCUCAGCGCCGCCGUCCUGCAGAACAGCGACAAACAUGUGAUUCCGCAGAUGCCGCCGCGACUGAAGGUCCAGAUCCUCAAGCCCCAUGAGUGGUCACGCGUUCCCAACACUUCUCUCAAGAUCCACGCCCUCAAGCUAUCAGACAUCCGUGGCUGGUCCAUGUUAGCUGAGGACGCUGUGCCUAUGCUGGCCUUGCACAUCCCAGAGGAGGAUCGCUGCAUUGACAUCCUUGAGUUGAUAGAGUACGACAAGUUACUGAGCUUCCACGCACACACACUCGCUCUGUACUGCGCUGUGUGUUACCAAAGCAAUUACCGCGCGGCCCACACACUCUGCUCACAUGUGGACCAGAAGCAACUCCUCUAUGCCAUGCAGUCUGAGUACAUGUCUGGCCCACUCAGGAUGGGCUUCUACAACUUGCUCAUCUCCCUUCACCUCGAGAGCUUUGCCAAUACAAUGGAGGUGACACAAAAUGAGUUCAUCGUGCCACUGAGCAGUGACCUGAAGGAGAUCUACUCCGAGGAGGGGAUGGGCAACUCCAUGGCCGCCACGCACACAGAGUCCGUCCGGCCCCUCAUGACCAUGUCCGACAUCAGUGGACAACCCGUCAUCCCAGACCAUCUCUCUCUCCACUCUGCUCCUGGCCUUAUCAAUAUUUCCUUCGGCGGCCACUCCAGCUCCAACAUCGAAACCAUCAAGGGCCUCUCGUCCCCACACUUCCCGCUAGACGUGGCGCGAGAGUUCGUCAUGUACGCCCUGUCUGAGGCCGUCAAAGCCAACCAGGUCCACAACAGGGACCCCAUCGGUGGCUCCAAUGAGAACCUUUUUGUGCCACUGCUGAAGCUGGUUGACAAACUACUGCUGGUGGGCAUUCUGCAGGAUGACGAUAUCAUCAAGUUGCUCAUCAUGAUUGAUCCACGCACGUGGGAUCCUGACUUUGAUCCAGAGAAGGACGAGAACCGCAAGGGCCUAGUGGACAUGAAGAUCGCAGAGGGUGUAAAGCUUGAGAUGUGUUAUGUUCUUCACCACCUCCUCGACCUUCAGAAGAGGCACCGCGUUGAGAGCCUCAUUGCCUUCGCUCAUGACUACGUGGGUGAGAUCCAACAAGAUCAACUGAGGCGGUACAUUGAGAUCAAGCAGUCAGACCUUCCCUCCUCUGUGGCCGCCAAGAAGACUCGUGAGUUCCGCUGUCCACCACGUGAACAGAUGAACGCCAUCCUGGGCUUUAAGAACCUGACUGAUGAAGAGCUGGAGGAGACACCGUGCGGGGAAGAUCUCAGGAUAAAAUUGUCGGAGUUCCACGGUGCUCUGAUGUGCAAGGCGAAGAUUCCUGGUGGAUCUGAGGAGGAGGGUGAGGCUGAGGAGACUCCACCACCAUCGUCCAAGGGUGUGAUGUCGAAGUUCCUGGCUGUGAUGGGCGGCCACAAGGAGGAGGUGGUCGAGGAGGCACCUCCUGAGGAGCCUGCCCCCCUGGACGCCGCUGACAAGUUCAAGAAGGUGCUCGUGGAGACCAUUGUGCGUUGGGCCUGCGAGUCAUUCAUUGAGAAAGCUGUCCUCAUCCGGGAGAUGUUUAGUUUGCUGCUGCGCCAGUACAACAGCGUCGGGGAGAUGAUGGCAGCGCUGGAGAAGACGUAUGUGAUCAGCAGCAACACCAAGAAAGAUGUGGAGACGCUGUGGCUGUGCCUGAGCAAGGUGCGCGCCCUGUUGCCUGUACAGAUGUCCCAAGAGGAAGAGGGCCUCAUGCGUGAACUGCUCUGGACUCUCGUGAACAACCACAUCUUCUUCCAACACCCUGACCUCAUCCGUAUCCUGUGUGUGCAUGAAAACGUGAUGGCCGUCAUGAUGAACACGCUGGGCCGCCGCGCACAGGCCGUCGGCGAGACGCAGACGCAGGAAGGAGAAGUGACACAGACUAAGGAGAAGGAUACCUCGCACGAGAUGGUGGUCGCGUGCUGCAAGUUCCUCUGUUACUUCUGCCGGACGGGACGCCAGAACCAGAAGGCGAUGUUCGACCACCUGCCCUUCCUGCUGGAGAACUCGGACAUCCUGCUGUCCCGCCCGUCCCUGCGUGGCACCACCCCCCUCGACGUGGCCUACUCCUCCCUCAUGGAUAACACGGAGCUGGCCCUCGCCCUCAGGGAGCACCACCUGGAGAAGAUUGCCGUGUACCUGUCCCGUUGUGGCCUCCAGAGCAACAGUGAGCUUGUGGAGAGGGGUUAUCCUGACCUCGGCUGGGACCCUGUGGAAGGAGAGAGAUACCUUGACUUCCUCAGGUUCUGCGUUUGGGUGGGAGGUGAGAGCGUUGAGGAGAACGCCAACCUGGUGAUCCGUCUGCUGAUCCGCCGCCCUGAGUGUCUGGGCCCUGCGCUCAGAGGCGAGGGCGAGGGACUGCUGCGCGCCAUCAUUGAUGCCAACAAGAUGUCAGAGCGCAUCUCCACCCAACGUCUUGGUGCCGAAGCUGAGGGUGCCGUGCCUGUCGACCACCCGAUGCCAGCUGGUGAUGACGAUGAGGACUACAUCGACACGGGCGCCGCCAUCCUCAACUUCUACUGUACCCUUGUGGAUCUGAUGGGCCGCUGUGCUCCCGAAGCCAAUGUGAUCGCGCAAGGCAAGAAUGACAGCCUGCGAGCUCGUGCCAUCUUGCGUUCCCUGGUGCCUCUUGAGGACUUGCAGGGUGUGUUGUCCCUCCGCUUCACACUCUCCAACACGGCUGCCGAGGAGGGCCGUAGCGACAUCCCACCCGGCCUCAUCCCAGCCCACAAGCAGAGCAUUGUCCUCUUCCUGGAACGUGUGUACGGCAUGGACGACAAGGAGCUCUUCUACUCCCUCCUAGAGAAUGCCUUCCUACUUGACCUGCGCGCCGCCACCUCCCUCGACAAGUCUGAUGGAUCUGAGUCUGAGAUGGGCCUGGCACUGAACCGGUAUAUCGGCAACUCCAUUCUGCCAGCGCUCAUCUCACACUCCAACUUCUACGCCGAGGCAGACCAGCAUGCGCCUCUUCUUGAUGCCACGCUGCACACUGUGUACCGCCUCUCCAAGUGCAAGAUCCUGACAAAAGGGCAGCGUGAGGCAGUGUCUGACUUCCUGGUGGCCCUCACCCGCGAGAUGCAACCCGCCGCCCUUCUGCCGCUCCUCCGCAAGCUCACCAUCGAUGUCUCCAAGCUCUCUGAGUACACCACCGUUGCUCUUAGGCUGCUGACACUUCACUACGAGCGGUGCGGCAAGUAUUACGGCACGUCAUCCAACACCCCAGGCACGGCAUCAGAGGAGGAGAAGCGGCUCACCAUGAUGCUCUUCACCAACAUCUUCGACUCCCUCGCUAAGAUGGAGUACGACCCAGAGCUCUUCAGCAAGGCGCUGCCGUGUCUGUCAGCUAUCGGGUGCUCGCUGCCACCUGACUACUCUCUGACUCACGGCCAUGAGGAGGAGCUGUACAACACAUCCUCCAGUGCUGAGGGACCCUACAUGCCUACACCCAUUGACAUCGCAGAUGUUCACGUGGAUGAAGACAUCCAGGACUUGAUCAAGAAGUUCAGUGAGCACUACCAUGACGCCUGGGCCUCGCGGAAGCUGGAGAGUGGCUGGACCUAUGGUGAGACGUGGUCGGGUGAGGAAAAGCUGCACCCGAGACUGAAGCCCUUCAACAUGCUGUCCGACUAUGAGAAGGAGCGCUAUCGUGAGCCGGUGCGGGACGCCAUCAAGGCACUGCUGGCCAUCAAGUGGAAGAUUGAGUACGAGAGUGAGGGUGUGCCCACAGGGGGACGAGAACAGCUGCACCGCCAGGACACUUCUGACCUGUACAACUACAACCCACAACCUGUCGACAUGACCAACCUGGCGCUGUCCAGGGAGAUGCAGAACAUGGCUGAGCGGCUGGCUGAGAACGCACAUGAUAUUUGGGCCAAGAGGAAGAAGGAGGAGCUGGAGGCGUGCGGUGGCGGCAUCCACCCACAGAUGGUGCCAUACGACAUGCUCACAGAGAAGGAGAAGCGCAAGGACCGCUUCCGCUCUGUGGAGCUGCUCAAAUACCUCCAGUUUAUGGGAUACAAACUCACCAGGGGCCAUGGUGAUGGUGAGGAUGCUGGCGGCGCAUCAGGGGCUGUGGAGCGUCGCUUUGCCUACAGUCUUUUGGAGAAGCUGCUGCAGUACCUCGACUCUGCAGCCAUCAACAUGAAACUCUUGAAGCCAUCAUCCAACUUCUCACGACGCAGCUCCUUCAAGACCUCCACCAAAGAUGUCAAGUUCUUUUCAAAGGUGGUGCUGCCUCUGAUGGAGAAAUACUUCAGCACUAACCGCAACUACUUCCUGGCGGUGGCGAUGACUAACAACAUGGUGGGAAGCGCGUCCCUCAAAGAGAAGGAGAUGGUUGCCUCACUCUUCUGCAAGCUGGCUAAUCUCAUGCGGACCAAAAGCACCUGCAUCGGCUCGGACACAAAGGUCACCGUGAAGUGUCUGCAGGUGAUAGUCCGAUCAAUAGAUGCCAAGACGCUAGCCAAGAGUCUGCCCGAGUUCGUUCGCACAUCAAUGCUCACCUUCUUCAACAAUGCUGCUGUGGACCUCGAGCACUGCAUCAUCUGUCUGCAGGAGGGUAAAUACGCCUAUAUCCGCGGGACGCACCUCAAAACCUCCUCCUCCCUCAACUACAUCCAGACGGUGCUGCUGCCGGUGCUCAGUUCCCUCUUCGACCACACCGCUGCUUGCGAGUUUGGCCAAGACCUCCUACUGGACGAGAUCCAGGUGGCCUGCUACAAGAUCCUGUCGGCCCUCUACCAGCUUGGGACGGACCUCAGCCUCGACGGUGGCAAGACAUUCAUGAAGAAGGAGCUAAACCGCCACAGGCCCUCCAUUGGGAACUGCCUAGGAGCCUUCUCUGCCACCUUCCCUGUCGCCUACCUCGAGCCCAUGAUGAACAAGAACAACCCUUGGAGCAUCCACAACCGCAUUGCCGACCAGUCCCUCGAAGCUCAGGAAAUCAUUGCCAAGAUGGACACAGCAAUGCCCACGCUGGAGGCGGUGCUGAAGCAGGUGGAGAAGUUUGUGGAGGAGGAGUCGAAGCACAUUGACAUGCCAUACAUUAUCGAUGUGAUCCUGCCCAUGCUGUGCUCCUACCUCCCCUUCUGGUGGAACCAAGGCCCUGACAACGUGAACCCCUCUGAAGGGAACCACGUGUCCAUGGUGACCUGUGAGCACAUGAAUCAACUGCUGCGUCUCGUGCUGCGGCUCAUCAUGUACAAUGUUGGAGUGGAGAAUGCACCCUGGAUGACCCGUAUCGCUGGCUACACACAGCAAAUUAUCAUUAAUUCAUCCGAGGAGCUGCUCAAAGACCCUUACCUUCCUCUGGCUGACCGAGUCCACAAGCGUACAGAGCACAUGUUCAACAAGGAAGAGAAUCUGCGCGGCUUCCUCAAAUCCACUACAGAAGACACAAGUCAGGUGGAGAGUCAGCUGCAGGAGGAGUGGCAGCUGCUGACGCGAGACAUUUACGCCUUCUACCCGCUGCUCAUCAAGUACGUGGACCAACACCGCAACUACUGGCUCAAGAACGACGUACCAGAGGCUGAGGACGUGUAUAACAGAGUGGCACAAAUCUUCCACAUCUGGUCCAACUCACAGUACUUCAGGCGUGAGGAAACCAACUUCAUCAGUCAGAAUGAGAUUGACAACAUGACCCUCAUUAUGCCCACUGCCUCCUCGCGUAGUCGCCAGAGCACUGCCCCUGACCCAGUAUCCAGCGGUGGUAGCAAGGUCAAGAAAAAGAAGAAGCGCUCAGGAACCAAGAAAACUAACAAGGAGAAGGAGCUUGCCUCAUCGCUGAUGGUGGCAUGUCUCAAGCGUCUGUUGCCCGUCGGCCUCAACCUGUUUGCAGGGCGUGAGCAGGAGAUCGUCCAGCACUGCAAGGAAAAGUUUCUGGCGAAAAUAUCAGAGAGUGAGAUCCUGGACUUUGUCAAAACACAACUCACACUGCCAGACAAGUUCGACCCAUCAGAUUCCAUGAACUGGCAACACACGCUCUACUCGCGGCUGGGUGGAGGCAGAACCCCCCGUGAGGAGGAUGAGGACAAGAAGCUAAUGCCCACCAUCGAUAACACCGUAGAUCGCAUCGUGGCCAUGGCCAAAGUGCUCUACGGCCUCCACAUCGCCUGUACCCCCCCUGCCUCUGGCACGGGCUGGAGGAAACUGCUGUCGUUUGCCCGCAAGCGAGCUGCCAUCGCCUGCCUCCGCUCCGUGCCCUUCUAUAACAUCCGCAGGCAUCGCGCUGUCAACCUCUUUCUCCGGACCUACCGCGAGUACUGGCUGUCGGACGAGAAUGUGGGCCAGGAGGUGGUCAUUGAGGACCUCACACAAUCCUUUGAGGAGGCUGAGAGUAAGAAGAAGGAGGUUGAGGAGGAGGAGGGUAAGCCUGACCAGUUGACGCAGCUGGUGACCACAUUCAGCCACAAGGCCACCACGGAACACACAGGCGUCUUGGCCGAGGACCCGCUCUACAUGUCGUACGCAGAGAUUAUGGCCAAAUCUUGUGGCGAAGAGGAAGAGGAGGGAGACGAUGAAGGUGGAGGAGAGGAGGAUGGCGGUAACGAGGACCCUGCAGCUGCUCUUAAUGAACAAGAGUUGGAGAAGCAGAAGCUCUUGUUCCACCAAGCCCGCCUGGCCAACCGCGGUGUGGCCGAGAUGGUGCUGCUUCAUGUGUCCGCUGCCCGCGGCCAACCCUCGGAGAUGGUCAUGACGACACUCAAGCUGGGCAUUGCCAUCCUGCGCGGUGGCAACGUUGAAGUGCAGGCGGCCAUGCUGAACUACCUCAAGGAGAAGAAAGAUGCAUCAUUCUUCCUGUCUAUUUCUGGCCUCAUGAGCUCAUGCUCUGUGCUAGACCUGGAUGCCUUUGAGCGCAACACUAAGGCCGAGGGGUUGGGCGUGGGUGCUGAUGGUUGUGCAGGAGAGAAGAACAUGCACGAUGCGGAGUUCACCUGUGCAUUGUUCCGCUUCAUCCAGCUCACCUGUGAAGGUCACAACCUGGACUGGCAGAACUACCUGAGGACGCAGGCCGGCAACACCACCACCGUGAACGUGAUCAACUGCACUGUCGAUUACCUGCUGCGCCUCCAAGAGUCCAUUAUGGACUUCUACUGGCACUACUCUUCUAAGGAGAUCAUUGACCCCUCUGGCAAGUCCAACUUCUUCAAGGCCAUUGGUGUGGCCAGUCAGGUUUUCAACACACUGACUGAGGUGAUCCAGGGUCCAUGUGUGGGCAACCAGCAGACUUUGGCUCACUCCCGUCUAUGGGACGCUGUUGGUGGCUUCCUGUUCCUGUUCGCCCACAUGCAAGACAAGCUAAGCAAACACUCCUCCCAGGUGGACCUUCUAAAAGAACUGCUCAAUCUACAGAAGGACAUGGUCAUCAUGAUGCUGUCCAUGCUGGAAGGAAACGUGGUGAAUGGCACCAUUGGUAAGCAGAUGGUGGACACACUGGUGGAAAGUGCUUCCAACGUCGAGCUGAUUCUGAAGUACUUCGAUAUGUUCCUUAAACUGCGGGACCUGACCAGCUCCACCACCUUCCAGGAGCUGGACAUGAACAAGGAUGGCACAGUCACCCCCAAGGAGUUCAAGGAGAAGAUGGAGCAGCAAAAGAACUACACCACAGAGGAAAUCAACUUCCUGCUUAUGUGCUGUGACUGUAACCACGACGGCAAGAUCGACUACGUGGAGUUCACAGAGCGCUUCCACAACCCAGCCAAGGAAAUCGGCUUCAACCUGGCUGUGCUGCUCACCAACCUGUCCGAACACAUGCCCAAUGACCCCCGCCUUGCCAGAUUCCUUGAGACUGCCGGCUCUGUUCUCAACUACUUCGAGCCGUUCCUUGGUCGCAUUGAGAUCAUGGGUGGCUCCAAGCGCAUUGAGAGAGUAUACUUUGAGAUUAAGGAGGAAAACAUUGACCAGUGGGAGAAGCCACAGAUCAAGGAAUCCAAGCGAGGCUUCUUCUAUGCCAUCGUGACUGAGGGAGACAAGGAGAAGCUGGAAGCCUUCGUUAACUUCUGUGAGGAUGCCAUUUUUGAGAUGCAGCACGCAGCAGCACUCAUGGAGGAAGAGGAAGACGCACUGGCCAAGAAGACUAGUGCUGAUGCCCUCAAGUACCUGAGCGAGGAGGAUGAGGAGAAGACCGGCAUGGACCUGAUCAAGGCAAAGAUCGUUGGGUUCAAGGACUCGAUUUCGGAGGCUUGCUCAAUCCUUGCACCCUCCAACGUGAAGAGAAAGCUGAAGGAACUGAAGCAAAUGACCACCAUGGAGCUGCUGAUGGGCUUCUGCCGCCUCCUCUUCAUGAUCAUGUACCACAGUGUCUUUGGCAUCUUCUACCUCACACGCAGGAUAUGGACGGCCCUCAUGAACCUGAUGCAGGGACCACCGGCUGAACAGGCCUCAACAAAACAGGAGAAGGCAGGACCAUUAGUACCAUUAGCCGUGCCAGGUUUACCAGAGAUAGAGGCAAAGCCGGGACCUCCAGCCAUAGAAAUGAAGCCAGAAGGAGAACAACUUUCGUUGGAAGCCAAACCCGAGGAACACACUGAAGCAGACAAGAUGAAGCCAGUGCUGGAGGCUUUGGCGGAGCUGAAGGAGGACAUCAGCCCCGAGGAGGCCAUUGCGGCUGUCAAGAGUUUCGAGAGCACCACCGACCCUCAGGAAGAGAUGGCAGAGAAGAAGUCAGUGGAGAAGCAGCAGGAGGAGGCAAUGCAGGAGGCUGAGGUUCAACCCACCGUGGCAGAAGCUGAACCACCACCAGUAGCACAGGUGGACCUGAGCAGCUACAACAAGCGUGCCGUCAGCUUCCUUGCCAGGAACUUCUACAACCUCAAGUACGCUGCACUGGUGCUGGCCUUCUGCAUCAACUUCAUCCUGCUCUUCUUCCAGGCAUCAGCUAUCGCUGAGGAGGGUGAAGAGGAAGAGGAGGCCACCAUCAUGAACCCCUUUGCCUUUGGCUCUGGUGAUCUAUUGGGCUCUGGGGACGAGGCAGUGCUGGGCGAUGAUGCAGUGGAGGCAGAAUUAGGCUCUGGGAACUUCACUUUAGGCGAGGAUGAGGAAGAGGAAGAGGAAGAAGAUGCUGAGGAAUGGGUGCACAUGGAUGACCGUUACUUCUACCUGGAGCACAUCAUCCGCCUGUUCUCCGUCACUCACAGCCUCGUCGCCCUCUGCAUGCUGCUUGCCUACUACCACCUCAAGAUUCCACUCGUGAUCUUCAAGCGUGAGAAGGAUGUGGCAAGGCGGCUGGAGUUCGAUGGCAUCUACGUGGCAGAGCAGCCCGAGGACGAUGACAUCAAGGCCCACUGGGACAAACUCGUCAUCUCGGCCAAGAGCUUCCCCAACAACUACUGGGACAAGUUCGUAAAGAAGAAGGUGCGACAAAAGUACAGUGAGACAUACGACUUCGACGCCAUCUCCAACCUGCUUGGGAUGGAGACGACGAUGAGCUUCAAGCAGGAAGAGGCUUCCACUGGCUUUGUUGGCUUCCUCAGCUCAGUGGACUGGAGGUACCAAAUUUGGAAGGCCGGCGUUACGGUGACUGAUAAUCAAUUCCUGUACAAUCUGUGGUACCUCACCUUCUCCGUCCUGGGCAAUGUGAACUAUUUCUUCUUUGCCGCUCACCUGCUGGACGUGGCCGUGUCCAUCCCAUCACUCAAAACGAUCUUGCAGUCCGUCACCCACAAUGGAAAACAGCUGAUCUUGACGUGCAUGUUGCUCACCAUCAUUGUCUACUGCUACACCGUCAUCGCCUUCAACUUCUUCAGGAAAUUCUACGUCUCAGAGGAGGAUGACGUUGUGGACCAGAAGUGUCAUGACAUGAUGACGUGCUUCGUGUUCCACCUGUACAAAGGCGUGAGGGCUGGUGGUGGCAUCGGUGAUGAGAUUGAGUCUCCUGAUGGAGAUGAGUACGAGUUUUACCGCAUCAUCUUUGACAUUACAUUCUUCUUCUUCAUCAUCGUUAUCCUGCUCGCCAUCAUUCAGGGUUUGAUCAUUGACGCUUUUGGUGAGCUGAGAGACCAGCUGGAGUCGGUGAAGGAGAACCUGGAGAGCAACUGUUUCAUUUGCGGCAUAGGCAGUGACUACUUCGACGCAGUACCUCACGGCUUCGAUAUGCACGUCCUCAAGGAACACAACUUAGCCAACUACAUGUUCUUCUUGAUGCAUCUCAUCAACAAGGACGAGACUGAGUACACAGGGCAGGAGACCUACGUGUGGAACAUGUACCAGCAGCGGUGUUGGGACUUCUUCCCAGUUGGUGACUGCUUCAGGAAACAGUAUGAAGAAGAAUUAUCAGGUGGAGGGUCGGCUAGCUGAGCAGCCAUUUCUUCACCACCUCCGUAGCUCUAUAUCAAAGUGGCGAGGACACAGGUUUUUUGGUACAGAUCAUUCAUGAUGUUCAAUUGUUGCUAAUUGACAGCCUCAUGCAAUGCCUGGCAGCCAGCAGCAUACAGGGGCAGCCACUGAGCCCCUGUUCAGCUGAGGCUUUACACCCUUCAUAGCUAUUGACAGAUCUAGAACUUUAGUGUACAAGAAAAUAUCUACAUAUAUAUACGUAUAUAUAUAUUUAUUUAAGUAAUGCCAGAGUUUUGUAUAAAUUAGGAAUUUAUUAUAACAAACAAAUUCAGAAAGAAAACCAUGCAGCUUCUCUUGAUGAUCUAUAAAGCGAGAGCCUUUUCUCUCAAGGUUUAGCAUCAUAGUGCUUCAAAAGAAACUUUUAGUCCAAGCAGCCAGACAGUUGUGCGUGUGAUAUUAUUGUACUGCUACAACGCGGUAAGCCUGUCCUUGUUGUGGCGAGGGCAGCAGCGCGUCAGCUUGUUUCCUGUCCCACUCCCGAGACGUGAGGCAAAGCAGAAUGACUUGGUGUGGUGCUGUUGCUUCAGAUCCCCUUGUUACUACAUGCCCAGGAGCCACUGAUGUGUGUGUGUGUGUGUGUGUGUGUGUGUGUGUGUGUGUGUGUGUGUGUGUGUGUGUGUGUGUGUGUCCAAGCCUACGGUCUCACCCAUCGUCUCCUUUGCCUAAGCCUCACAUCUUCACUCUCCGGUCUCUGCUGCCCACCCUCUCUUCUCCUGACUUCUGAUUAAUUACCACAAGGAAGAGAGAAGGAUGAAUACAAAAAAUAACAAAAUUCACGAGGCCUUAGUAAUGAGAGGUGUGGGUUUUACCUGUGUUAGUAUUGUUUAAGGUUUUCUAUUCGCAUGCCUUGUUUGAGAGUCCGGAUACGGAAAUGGAGUGGUUCAAGAACACAACCUGCGUCCGAGCGAAGAUAGGAACACUUAAGCCGUUACCACGUUGUUUGUUUGUCUUCGCCUCUCACACCCCGAGUUGUAGAUAAGGAUAAUACCUAAGGGAAGGGAAGGCCUUUAACUGAACCCCUUCCUCUCACUCCCUCCUCUUCGCUUAAUCCACCCCGAAUUGUCGAUAAGGAAGACACCAAGGGGAGGGGAGGACAGGGGAAGGAGAGAAAAAGCACCUAAGAAAACAGCCUCGUUCUGAUUCCCUCCUCGUCCCCUGUGUAUACAUCAUAAAAGUGGUUGCUUAUUCUCUGCAACAAGAUAAUAAUGACAACUUUAAAGUAGCUCCUUUUCCAUUCAUUCUGUACCGUUCCCUCUAUCGUGUAGCUCACCAUGAGUUGCUCCUAACUAGAGUCCUGCCUUUUAUAGUUGUUGGCUCUUACUUUUUUUUUCUCUUCCAUUUUAUACUUACUCCCUGAAUUGAGAAGACACAAGUGUAGUUUCAAUGGCCGACACUUAGGUUGUUCCUCCCUCUCAAAGACGAGGUGGUGGUGGCCAAGCUAAAAGGGAGAGUGGUUCACAGUCCCCAAACCUUGACCUCUCCCUCUCCCUCAGUUGCUUUCAUCUAGUCAAAAGACUGAAGGUGUUGGGGGUCAGGGUUAAUAGAGGGAGAGUGGCUCAUGGUCCCUGGAUUUCGACCUCUCCCUCUCACCCUCUUGUUUAGUCUUGUCUAGUCAUAAUGGUGAGGGUGGUGCGGGUCAGUGCUUAGAGGGAGAAUGGUUAAUGGUCCCCAACCCCCUCCUCUCCCUCUGUUGCUUUCAUCUAGUCAAAUGUCCGAAUAGCUUUGUCAGUGUUCAAUGAUGGCGAGUUUCCCUCAAAGCAUCCUUGUUCUACUUCUCGUGUUCCUUCUGUCUACCUUUCCGCGAGAAAACAAUAUUUCCCACUACCGAUCGAUCGCAGGGAUUCUGUCUCCCACGUCUCGACACUCGUCCCAUUCAGCAAUCCAGCUUGGGAUCGUUCUGCAUAAUACACAUCGAUUACUCUGUUGUUUUUUAUUCAUAGUCUACUCUUUAGUUAAAUAAAUUGUAAGAGAAA